UGCCCGGCCAGCGCUUCUUAAUUUAAAAAUAAAACAUUUUUUUUCCCGCAAGCGCUCCAUUUUGAAGUUUCGCGUUGUACAGCCUGUGUUUGUACAUUUUUAUAUUAUUUUGUAUACAAUUCAUAUUUUGAAAAUAGCAUGUUAAGGAAUAAUGUGUAAAAAUAGUGUAUUCGAAGUAAGGAGAGGCAGUGCAGACGGAAAGCUCGUAUUUCGGUGACAUAUCGUAUCGACCUCGAGACGUCUUGACAAUUGUUUUCGCGGCUUUUUGAUAGUGAAUUAUUUUAUUAUCUGUGUUCAAGUGUGAAUUGGAUUGUGUGUUCUAAGAGGUAAAAAUGCCAGAUCAAGCACAGACAGCGGGAGCAACGACACCUGAAACCGAAGCGCCGGAUACAGGGCAACCAGCUGCACAGCCACAGCCCCGUAAGCAAGCGCGGCCAAGGGGCAAGCCUCAGCCUGAGAAGCCGAAGAGGAGUUUAUUGUGCCUGGGUCUGAAGAACCCUUUACGAAAGCUGUGUUACGACAUUGUUGAAUGGAAACCUUUCGAGUAUAUGAUAUUGACGACGAUCUUCGCAAACUGUAUCGCGUUAGCUGUCUUCACCCCCUACCCCUCGGGAGAUACAAACAAUACUAAUCAAAUAUUGGAAAAAGUUGAAUGGAUCUUCAUGGCUAUAUUUACGGGGGAGUGCGUUAUGAAGAUCAUCGCGUACGGAUUUCUGUUUCAUCCCGGUGCUUAUUUGAGAAACACGUGGAACAGUCUAGAUUUUACAAUUGUUACUAUCGGAAUAGCAAGUCAAAUUCUUCAAUAUAUAUCAAAAGAUCUCUUCGAUGUGAAAGCUUUAAGGGCGUUCAGAGUUCUUCGACCUCUGCGGUUGGUUUCUGGAGUACCAAGUCUCCAAAUCGUACUGAAUUCAAUCCUCAAAGCUAUGGUGCCUCUGUUCCACAUUGCAUUCCUUGUAUUAUUCGUUAUCAUUAUUUACGCCAUCAUUGGGUUAGAACUUUUUUCUGGAGUACUUCACGAUGCUUGUUUCUUUAAUGGUACUAAUAUAACUGUUGACAAUCCAACUGCUUGUUCGCGAUAUGAAGACAUUGGCUAUCAGUGUCCGAAAGAUCAGAAGUGCCAGGGUUACUGGGAAGGACCAAACUUUGGGAUUACGAAUUUUGAUAACAUCGGUUACUCAAUGCUUACUGUCUUUCAAUGUAUCACCUUGGAGGGAUGGACAGAUAUUAUGUAUGCUAUUGCAAAUGUAAAAGGCAACACAUGGGUGUGGAUAUAUUUCGUAUCAUUGGUGAUUUUCGGUAAUUUCUUCGUUAUGAACCUCAUUCUCGGUGUGUUAUCUGGAGAAUUUUCCAAGGAAAGAGAAAAAGCAAAAAAUCGUGGAGACUUUCAGAAAUCGAGGGAAAGACAACAGUUUGAAGAAGAUUUAAAAGGUUAUCUGAAUUGGAUAACUGUGGCCGAGGAAUUAGAUCUAGAAAAUGAUCAAGGAAAAAAAGAAGAUGAACAUGAUUCCCAAGGAAAUAAAAAGGAACGAAGAAGCAACGACGAUUCCCAAAAUAAUAUUAAUGCAAACGGUGAUGCGAUUCAAAGUACAACUUGUAAAGAAUAUUAUAGGAGAUUUGACAAAGUAAAUCGUCGCAUGCGCAGAGCCUGUAGAAAAGCUGUCAAAUCACAAACUUUUUAUUGGGCCAUUAUCGUGUUGGUUUUCCUUAAUACUUUAGUUCUAGCGACGGAACAUUACAGGCAACCCAUUUGGCUUGACUACUUUCAGAACUAUGCCAAUUAUCUUUUCGUUGUUCUGUUCACUCUCGAAAUGCUAGUAAAGAUGUAUGCAUUAGGCUUUCAAGGUUACUUCGUGUCUCUUUUCAAUCGAUUCGAUUGUUUUGUCAUGGUGUGCUCAAUCGUGGAGUUGGCGCUGACGGUUCAGGGUGCCAUACCACAGCUCGGCAUAUCUGUGUUGCGUUGUGUGCGUCUCUUGCGAGUGUUCAAGGUCACCAAAUACUGGCGCUCUCUCUCUAACCUAGUAGGAUCUCUUCUCAAUUCCAUACAGUCCAUCUUCUCACUUCUGUUGUUGCUGUUUCUUUUCAUCAUGAUCUUCGCACUCCUGGGAAUGCAAGUGUUUGGAGGCCGCUUUGAUUAUGCCCCAGAAGCUGAAAAGGAGAGGCAUAACUUUGACUCCUUUUGGCAGGCUGUUCUGACUAUGUUUCAAAUCCUAACCGGUGAGGACUGGAACGUAGUGAUGUACCACGGAAUAAAUGCAUAUGGUGGUGUUGGUACUCCCGGCAUGCUUGCAUCUUUGUACUUCAUAGUUAUAUUCAUAUGUGGUAACUAUAUUUUAUUGAACGUGUUCUUGGCUAUCGCUGUAGAUAAUUUAGGUGACGCAGAGGAUAUGGAUGAAGAAAUCGUAAAAGAAAAAGAAGAAACUGAAAACCCUGAGGCGGGUAAUCCACAACUUGAAGAGGAAAGAGGAGAAACUGAUGAUGAAUAUGUUAAUGAUGAAGAAGGCUAUUCCAGCGAGGGCCAUAAAUAUAGAGCGUACAAAAGAGUAGCAAGGUCAGAACAUGAAUACGAAGAGACAGGAUCUGAAGAAGAAGUUGAAGAACAAGCGCAAGAUGAAGGAGAUAACGCUAAUAACGCUCUAGUAGCUAUUUCUACUAAACAAAAUGGUGAUAUAAAGAAAGAAGAAACGCCUCCUCCAAAGCGACAACCAACAAUAUCAGCUCGACCUAGACGAUUGUCAGAAGUGGAAAUCAAAACUCAAGAGAAACCUAUACCAGAAGCUAGUAGCUUCUUCAUCUUCUCAAAUAAAAAUUGGUUCAGAGUUACCUGUUAUAAGGUCCAGAAUAACUCCUGGUUUAAGAAUUUGAUUCUUCUUUGUAUAUUGGCGUCAUCUCUCAUGUUGGCAAUGGAAGAUCCCGUGGGAGGCAAAAACAAUGAGGCUUGGAAUGAUGUUCUUCGCAAAAUUGACUAUUUCUUCACCACGGUCUUCACCAUUGAACUUUUUUUCAAGCUGAUUACCUAUGGCUUUAUCUUGCAUAAGGACGCCUUCUGCAGAUCAGCUUUCAACUUGCUUGAUCUUUUGGUUGUCAUCGUCUCCCUUAUUUCUUUAAGUGGAAUAAAUAACGUGUCUUUCAUUAAGAUUUUGAGAGUAUUCCGAGUUCUUAGACCUCUCAGAGCCAUCAACAGAGCAAAAGGAUUGAAGCACGUAGUUCAGUGCGUGAUCGUUGCUAUAAAAACUAUAGGCAACAUUUUGUUGGUGACCAAUCUUCUGCAAUUCAUGUUUGCGGUUAUGGGGGUGCAAAUGUUCAAGGGGAAAUUCAAUGCUUGUACCGAUAUUACAAAAGUGACUUUAGAAGAAUGUCAAGGUUCAUAUCUUGUUUAUGAGAAUGGAAAUGCGAGGGUAGAAAAUAGAGUGUGGAAAAAAAACAAAUUCAAUUUUGACAACGUCCUUAAGGGGAUGCUGACGUUGUUCACUGUGUCCACGUUUGAGGGAUGGCCUGGAUUGCUGUCAACUUCCAUGGAUUCAAAUAAAGAAGACCACGGCCCGAUAGAAAAUUCUAGACCCCUAGUUGCAUUUUUUUAUAUUAGCUAUAUUAUUGUUAUCGCUUUUUUCAUGGUCAACAUUUUCGUAGGGUUUGUCAUAGUUACCUUUCAGAAGGAAGGUGAACAGGAAUUUAAGGAUUGUGAACUGGACAAGAACCAGAGAAAUUGUAUUGAAUUCGCAUUGAAGGCCAAACCUGUGCGAAGAUACAUUCCAAAACAUAGAAUUCAAUACAAGACAUGGUGGUUUGUGACGUCACAGCGUUUUGAAUACUUCAUCUUUUUCUUUAUAGUUCUAAAUACUAUCGCUCUCAUGAUGAAGUACCACGGUGCUAGAUCUGAAUACAAACGAGUUCUCGAUUAUCUUAAUAUGCUUUUAACAACGGUUUUCAUGUUGGAGUUCGUGUUUAAGUUGGCUGCGUUUAGAUUUAAGAAUUACUUCGGAGAUUCUUGGAAUACAACAGACUUCAUUUUAGUAGUUGGUAGUAUAAUAGACAUUGUCGUCACACAGGUGAAUGAAAACAAAGAUACGAAUGAAGCUAGUCAGGAGGGCACACAUCUUAAAUAUAUUACAUUCUUCCGUCUCUUUCGAGCGAUGCGACUCAUUAAGCUCCUGUCCCGAGGGGAACGUAUUCGGACGUUACUCUGGACUUUUAUUAAGUCCUUUCAGGCUUUGCCUUAUGUAGCUCUUUUAAUUGUUCUACUGUUCUUCAUUUACGCCGUUGUUGGUAUGCAGUUGUUUGGUAAGGUGAAAGAAGACGACGAAGUUAUAACGCAGAACAACAACUUCCAAACAUUUGGUGGAGCUUUAAUGGUCUUGUUCAGAUCAGCUACUGGGGAAGCCUGGCAGGAGAUUAUGAUGGCAGUCUCCGUAAACGACGACGAGCGUCCUGGCGACCCACCGGGCUGUAUCACAUCGGACCCCGACUCACCUGACGAGAAGGAAGGCUGCGGAUCGCUUCUUGCCUUCCCUUACUUUAUAUCAUUUUCACUUCUUUGUACUUUUCUCAUCAUCAAUCUGUUCGUGGCUGUUAUCAUGGACAACUUCGAUUAUUUAACACGUGAUUGGUCCAUUCUGGGGCCUCACCAUCUUGACGAAUUUGUUAGGUUGUGGAGUGAAUAUGAUCCAGACGCAAAAGGAAGAAUAAAACAUUUGGAUGUCGUAACAUUGUUGAGAAAAAUAAGUCCACCUCUUGGUUUCGGUAAGCUCUGUCCGCACCGGACUGCCUGUAAGAGACUCGUGUCCAUGAACAUGCCUCUGAACUCUGACGGGACGGUCAAUUUCAACGCGACGCUCUUCGCUGUUGUCAGGACGCAGUUACAAAUCAAAACAACAGGAGUCAUUGACGAAUGCAACACGGAACUUCGAGCUAUUAUCAAGAAGGUUUGGAAACGGACUUCACCCAAACUCCUUGACCAGGUGGUACCACCUCCCGGAGACCCCAACGAGAUCACCGUCGGCAAGUUCUACGCCACUUUCCUUAUACAGGACUAUUUUAGAAGAUUCCGUAAACGUAAAGAGCAAGCGGCUGCUGCAUCAGUGCAGAACAACCAGAUGACAUUACAAGCUGGACUCAGAACGCUCCAUGAAGCUGGACCAGAGCUGAAGAGAGCGAUAUCUGGCAAUCUCGAUGAAGUGGUUGCUGAGGUUGUGGAGCCGAUGCACAGGCGAAACCACACUUUAUUCGGUGCGGUUUGGACGAGUAUCAAGAAGGGUCGAGAGAGCUUCUACCGUCCGCCACCUAAUAAACCGAAGACCGUAAACGGCACCAAAGAAGGACAAUCUUUGAGUUGGAUGAUGCAGAGAGAGCUUGGUAUGGAUGGAAAAAUACCAGAAGAUGAGAAUAAAUACGAGGACGGUAAUCAAAGUGAAGUUGAAGAAGAGAUUGCUAUGCAGCCUCUACUCCACGGAAAAGACUCCGAGAAGAUAUUCAAAGCUAUCGAAAAAACGUCCAAUGAUUUAAUGCAGAGUAUGAGAAACAGCUAUCGUGACAGAGCGCCAAGACAUACGAACAACGUGCCUUAUUGUGUAGAGAAUCCAGCGGAGAACCUGAUUACCCGUGUACUAACGGAGCAAGGCCUGGGCAAGUAUUGUGACAAGGAGUUCAUCCAGAGCACCUCACGCGAGAUGCAGGAGGCGCUCGACCUCACACAGGAGGAGAUGGACACAGCCGCUAAUCAAAUCAUUUUGCAAGAACGAAAAAUGAACGGAUCCCAAAGACCUGAUGAUGUGGAGAGCAUACUGUCACGACAGUAUCACCCUUUCCACCAGCCAGCGAUCCAGCCCCCUCCCAGAAAGAAAUAAGCGGCUAAUUUUGUAUAUUUAUACGGUUCACUGUUUUCACCUGUACGCUUGACAACCGUACAGGUUUGUACCCGUCAGGGUUUUUCGCUUCGGCUUCCGGCUAGAGGUGAAAAGAUUUUUGUGGAUUUGUUAAGUUUGCUUAAACGUCUGGUUAUAUAGAAAAUCUGACGAUUAUAUACAUAUAUAUUGUAGUUUUGUGGUUGAUUUUAUGUAAUGUUAAUUGAAUCUUAGAUUAGGGUAUAAUUUGUUGUUGUAGACAUUUGAAUUUCGAAUUAGUUUUUCAUUUAGCACAAAUAUCUGUUUCUCACGUUAUAUAAGCUAUUCCACUUUUCAAAGUACGUCAUACGUAUGUUUACAUAUUCACAGUUAUAUACAUUUGUUAUUUAGUAAAUUGGAGCAUUUAAAAGAAGUAAUUAAACAGUAAACUUCCCGUAUCAAAAUAUCUUAUAUACGUAUUUUGUUAUCUUCAUAAAUUUUAUCAUUAAUAGUAACUUUAGAUAAACCCUCUCGUGCCUCUUGCUUAUAUACGAUGUAAUAGCAUAUGCUUAAGUAUAUAAAUACAUUCUGAUAUUCAGCAUGUUUAUUACAUACUAUAUUAUGUAUAAUUAAUUGUAAGGCACUAUUUGUAACUUUAAUAUGUCUUUGAAUAUUAUGUUAAAUAUAAUACUUAGUAUAAAAUUGCUUAGAAAAUAUAAAAUAUAUAAUAUAAUAUAUAAUGGAAACAGUGUGGCAACGUGCCUUAAUUAUUUGAAUACAUGAUAGAAAUUUUAUAAUUGUUAAAUUUUUU